AUGUCUGUUCUCAGGUCCCAGUCCUCUAGUCUGAGAGAAGUGGAAGUGAGUAACAACAACCUGCAGGAUUCAGGAGUGAAGCUGCUAUCUGCUGGACUGAAGAGAUCAUACUGUGUGCUGGAAAUUCUCAGACUGAGAGUCUGUAACCUCUCAGAGAGAAGCUCUGCAGCUCUGCCUUCAGUUCUCAGGUCCCAGUCCUCUAGUAUGAGAGAGCUGGAAGUGAGUAACAACAACCUGCAAGUUUCAGGAGUGAAGCUGCUGUCUGCUGGACUGAAGAGGAGACUCAAGCAUACUCAAAUUACUCAGGGUGGACCAUGUUGGACUGCAGAGACUGAAAUCUGGUCUGGGUUAGUGGAUGCCUGUGAACUGAAACUGGACAAAAAAACAACAAACAGAAAACUCAAACUGUCUGACAACAACAGGAUUAUGGGUUUUCUGAGUGAAGUCUACAGCCUGAGCGGACUCUCUAGAAGUCUGCAAAAAGUCCGCUUAAGGCUCCUUGAGGACUUGAUGAAUGGUGGGUUUGGACAGACCUCAGCACUUGCAGACCUCCCAGAAAUUAACCCACAAUGUCCGCAAGUCUGCAGGUUCACUGAAGUCCGGACGUUUGGGUUCAGCCUACAUGUCAUCACGACCUGUUGUGCUUUUUUCUUGAAGGACUCAGUUGAACUGAGGAGAAUUUAUCUUUUAAUAAAACCUUUAUCAUUUUAAAUCAGUGUUUCCUGUCACAUGAUUUAGAGAGGGGCUGUGAUAGGACAGUUCAUGUACAGAGAGAGCUGUCAGUCAGUCAGAGAGAGCGAGGCUCCUGUUUUAUUCAUUGUGAACCUCGAUCAUCCGAUUGAGGUGAAAGACACUAAAGUGGAGUCAUUGAUUAUUUAUCAGCCUGAACAACAAGCGGAUAAUGGAGCACUCAGUGUGUGUGUGUGUGUGUGUGUGU